UUGUCUGUUUCCUGUUUAGAAUGAGACAUUUACCUCUACAUACAGAGCAGGUCUCAUGGAUGUAUACAGAGACAAGGAUACACCGUUGGAGGCAGGACCCAGCUCAUUCCUAUAAACAUUGUCAGUAGUGCAUGAAGGCAAAAUCAUUGCCUAUAGUAUUAUGCAGCUACAGAUUACACAGACGAUCGGCACUGCUUCUGCAUCAUUGGGCCCAUAGAGCAGGUACACUAGAGGCUUUCCCCGGCUGAGCCGGCUACUUUCAGUUUAGUGCCCUGCUAACUUGUGUGGGGAUGAAAAUGAUUCAAUUGUGCAGCUCUUCUAAACUUUCCAAAUGUUAUCCGACCAAAUAGAUGGUAAAAUGAGUCAUUUCGCGGGGGUAGUGUCUGAUUUGUAAUCUAACUACUUGAAUCACUGUGCAAAUAUUAAUGUAGUUGAACCACCAGCAAGCUACUGCAAGAUGUAGUUAAACUACUAGUUUACUACAUGUAGUUCAGUACUGCCCAACACAGGAAGUCUGUAAUAAGACAAGAUAAUAUAAGAUAAGAUAAGAUAAGAUAAGAUACACCUUUAUUGUUCCCACAAUUGAGAAAUUCCAGUGUUACAGCAGUCAAGGAGAAAGAGUCAGGUUAAAAAUUUCAAAAUUUAAAAACUUAGAAACUCGACAUGCAAAAGAAAGUACAAAAAUGAGAAUGAGAAGUGGAAGAGAGCAUAUCUAGUGCAAGUGAUUGUAUGUGCAAAAAACAACAACAAGGGGGACAGUAAUGCUUAUGAUGGUGUUUAUAAAGUGUCCAUAGUGUCCCUAAAGUGUCCAUGGUGCAGUUUAUUGUGAGCAGUGCUGGUUGUGUGUAGUUGGAAUUUUAAAAUGAAUAAACUGCAAACAGCAGGUUUGUGUUUACCAAGCAGGCUGGUCUGUGACGCCUGAAGAAACCAGAAGUACUAAAGAACUCCUUUUUUUUAGUUUAGCACAACAGCAUAUUGUCAGAGUUCUAUGGCAGGGAGUGAUGUACUGGAGGCAGUGCCAUGCAUAAACAUUUUGCAAGGCAGGUGCUCAAGUGGGAAAAAAAGAGCAUCCCCUCCACAUCUUUUUUCCCUCUGAGCAAUGUGCUGGUGCAGAAAAAAAUUGUGCUAAAGCAAUGUGCACCCUGCCUGGAGGUUUUUGUCUACCAGCACCAGAGGGUUUCUUGAAGCCUAAGUACAAACAGUAUAUUUGUGCACACAGUAAUGAGCAGGAGCAAUGUUUUUCUAGCCUUCAUCCAUCCAUUUUCAUCCGCUUGGUUUAAAAAGAGGCGUGGAAGUGGGGAAGCAAUUCCGCAUAGGGCAAACAGUAUUGUUACCUGGCUGUCCAUGAAGGCAGGUCAGGGAGAUGUGAUGCUGCUCUGCACAAGCGAAGUUGAAGAGGGGCAGAGGCUCAGAUGCUGUUGUCAGACAUAUGACACACCUUUAAUUGGGAAUUGAUGCCACAGACCAAAUGUAAAAACUGAAAUAAAUAGUUAUUAAAAGAAACAGAAUAAAACAUGUCUUGCAAGAGGGGUACUUAUGUGGUCAGAGGGCAAGAGGGCAGGUGCUUGAGCACCACCUGGUAUCCAUCUGUGCACGCACCUGACUGGAAGUGUGAAAUAACAUUUGCAACUCUUCUCCUGUCUUCAGUCUCGCUUGAUGACAUCUCAGAGGUGCAAAUGGGCCGUCAUUCAGAGGGUCUGAAGAAGAACACAGAGGCGCAGGUGGAGGGCCGCUGCUUCUCCAUCAUGUUCAAGGGCCGCCGCAAGACCCUGGACCUCAUCGCCAGCUCAGAGGAGGAGGCCAAGCAGUGGGUCAACAGCCUGCAGAAGAUGGUCUCCAGAUUAAACAACCUCAACACCCAGCAGAAGACCGAGCAUUGGAUCUUCAGCUGUCUGGCGAAAGCAGACAAAAACCAGGAUGAUAAGAUGAGUAAGUCAGAGCUGAAGAACUUCCUGCGUCUGAUCAACAUCGAGGUGGAUGACGAAUACACAGAGAUGCUCUUUAAGAUGGCAGCGCAGUCUGCUGCAAACAGACCCAGAUCCAGCUUCGGUACUGCCCUCCACCUGCAGUUGGAGCUCCAGCGGGAGACAAAGAGCUCCACGCUCGACAGCAGCAGCUCCUCCUCUGGCCAGGAGCAGAGCUUUGCUCGGGCAGAAGUGUCUGUCUGCGGUGUAGUUUCCACCCUUUAG